CGACGAAAAAACAACAAAUACUGCAGAAGAAUCGCUCUUCCGAACGGUGAACCAGCGCGAGAUCUUGUUCCUUUUGCAAACAGGAUGAGCCAACAGGAAAAGGCCGCCCGGCGUGCGGCUCUACGCAACGAGUACUGGCGCACGAUGACCAACCCGCAUAACCAUUUGCGUGGGGAGAGCGGUGGUGUGUUUGAUACUGGCCUAGCCCGGUUCCAGGCGAUGCGCGUUAACCACUAUGAGCACUUCAAGCCGACCGGACGCUCGUUCAAGAUAGGAUUGCUAACCGUCGUCAUACCGAUCAUCGUGUACGCUAAGAUGAUGAAGCAUGAGCGCGACCAGCGGGAACAUCAGUACCGCACCGGACAGGUGUCGUACGCUGACCGUCGCUUCAAGUUCAUCUAAAGCUGAAAGCUGUGCAACAUUUCUGUGAACCGGUGGUGUAGCAAUUGUGGAAUAAAUUGUGAAUAACAGGUA